UGCUCCGCGCUGGGCUCCGGAGGGGGGCGGCUGCGGGUGGAGGUGCGCUUCUGACAAGCCCGAAAGUCAUUUCCAAUCUCAAGUGGACUUUGUUCCAACUAUUGGGGGCGUCGCUCCCCCUCUUCAUGGUCGCGGGCAAACUUCCUCCUCGGCGCCGCUUCUAAUGGAGCCCCACCUGCUCGGGCUGCUCCUCGGCCUCCUGCUCUGUGGCACCAGGGUCCUCGCCGGCUACCCAAUUUGGUGGUCCCUGGCCCUGGGCCAGCAGUACACAUCCCUGGGCUCCCAGCCCCUGCUCUGCGGGUCCAUCCCAGGCCUGGUCCCUAAGCAACUGCGCUUCUGCCGCAACUACAUCGAAAUCAUGCCCAGUGUGGCCGAGGGCGUGAAGCUGGGCAUCCAGGAGUGCCAACAUCAGUUCCGGGGCCGCCGCUGGAACUGCACCACCAUAGACGACAGCCUGGCCAUCUUCGGGCCUGUCCUCGACAAAGCCACCCGCGAAUCGGCCUUCGUGCACGCCAUCGCCUCUGCCGGCGUGGCCUUCGCCGUCACGCGCUCCUGUGCCGAGGGCACCUCCACCAUCUGCGGCUGCGACUCGCAUCAUAAGGGGCCGCCCGGCGAGGGCUGGAAGUGGGGCGGCUGCAGCGAGGAUGCCGACUUCGGGGUGCUGGUGUCCCGGGAGUUCGCGGACGCGCGUGAAAACAGGCCGGACGCGCGCUCGGCUAUGAACAAGCACAACAACGAGGCGGGCCGCACGACCAUCCUAGACCACAUGCACCUCAAAUGCAAGUGCCACGGGCUGUCGGGCAGCUGCGAGGUGAAGACAUGCUGGUGGGCCCAGCCCGACUUCCGCGCCAUCGGCGACUUCCUCAAGGACAAGUACGACAGCGCCUCGGAGAUGGUGGUGGAGAAGCACCGUGAGUCCCGCGGCUGGGUGGAGACACUCCGCGCCAAGUACGCGCUCUUCAAGCCGCCCACCGAGAGAGACCUGGUCUACUAUGAGAACUCCCCCAACUUUUGCGAGCCCAACCCCGAGACGGGCUCCUUUGGCACCAGGGACCGGACUUGCAAUGUCACCUCCCACGGCAUCGAUGGCUGCGACCUGCUCUGCUGCGGCCGCGGCCACAACACGAGGACGGAGAAGCGGAAGGAGAAAUGCCACUGCAUCUUCCACUGGUGCUGCUACGUGAGCUGCCAGGAGUGCGUCCGCAUCUACGACGUGCACACCUGCAAGGCGCUGGGAACGGGUGAAGUGUGUGGCUGGGCAGAUUCACCGAAGUCCUCUGGGAAGCGGGACCAAGAGCGGGCUCAGCCCUCAGCACCAGACAGCACGGAACCCGGACUGUCGCACACGUGGCACAUUCCCUGGACUCGGCCUGCCUUCCUCUCUCAUCUUCAGUUCCUCACCCGGCUCUGGAUGGUGUGUGGUUUUUAAAGAAGGGGCUCUCUCUUUAGUUCUCUAGGGUCUGAUAGCAACAGACCCGAGGCUUAUCUUGCACAUGUUAAAGAAAAUAAAAAUGGAAAAAAAUUCUAUUCCAACAGAACAGGCUGGGCUAAUGUGAGCUCUCUGCCUGGUGGUAAAGACAUCAGCAUGGGCAAAAUUCUGUUUUCAAACUGCUUCUUAUGGUAACAUUCCAGGAUGCCUGUGAGGAAGGAGCUGUGAAGUAGGACAAACCCCUGCCGUCUGCUCUGCUCUGUCUACCCCCGUUCAAACCCGAUAUACUGUCACAUUCUGAUGAAAGCCAUAGGUGCAGCCAGGGGAAAGUGGGAGGGAGGCCCAAGGCAAUUGUUCGAGUAGGUUUUGAGUCGGAAGAACUAGGAGUUCUAGGUGACCUGGUAAGCUGUUUGAAGAGCAGCUGUGUGUUCCUCUCAGCCUCAUUUUCUCUGUACCCUGCUCUGCACGAGAGACUCUUGUGAACUGCAGUCAGAUCUCAAAAUCUCUUUCUCCCAUUCUGCAGUUUCCACCAUUAAUGCAGUACAUUUUUUCGGUAGUGGACGUUGUAAAUAGAUUAUGUAUGGGGGGCAAGUCUUCUCCAGACAAAUGGCUUCCGAAAGAAAGAAGUGGGGUCUUUGGAAGGGGCCGUUCAACCCCUCCCAGCCCUGCUCACCUGCAGGUUCUCCAUCAAAACAGCUCCAGGUAGAGCAGGUGGAUGCUAGGUCACCGUCACAUAAAUUAGACGAAGGGCAGAAGAAAGUAGCGGCCUACUCCUGAAGUUGCAAUUUGGAGACUAGUACAUGGGGAGGGUAAAAAUGAUUCCUUCGUUUCCGCUCCAACAAGGGACACGUCUUCCUGCAUCCUUUCUUUCUUUGGCCUGUGUGAGUAAAUGGAACCGUGGAGUUUUUUUAGCACAGAUCUGCCAGCCUCACCUGGAUGCUGAGAUAGCACCAAUCCACGCAGCUACCAAGGAUCAGGAUUAGGUGUGCAAAGGGGCGGGCAGUGACUUGCUCCCUUGGGUAAAGCAUCUCACAGCUCUCCGUGAUCCACACUGGUCCUCUGCAGUGUCCCAGAGGAAACUAGCAAAAUGGAGGCAAUGGACUGGACAGUAUAAAUCAAUCCAUCAACUCUGUCUUAAGGAGACUCAGAGGGAGGAGGAGCAGCAGGGGUUUAGAAUAGAACAUUUUUUUCUUCCUUUUCUCCCUUCUCUCUUUGGUCUGCCUAACACUGACCUAAGAUGCUGGGUUAAGUGAUCUCCUUGCUCAGGCAGGUUUGCCAAGACGAUCGUCUAGAAGCCAUGCCUGCCCUCUUGAAUCUGCUGGCAAUGAGCCCUGCUAAAGAUAGCCCCCAUCCCCUCUACAGAGGCUGAAAUGCCCCUCCAUCUCACCGUAGACUGUCAAGUUUUAAAUCAUGUCAACCAGAUAAUGCUUGCUUUAUGUGAGAAUUAUUUCAGCAGAAUGGAUACAAAUUUUCAAAACAGUCUUUUCAUAUCUAUGUAUUCUAUAUUAAAAGUGAUAAAGUCAUGUUUCUGGGGCGUAUUCAAGUAGCUGACAAGUAAUUAUUUAAUAAUAGUACAUUGAGUGCAUUGUAAUUAUUCUUGCCGUAGUCAGGUAAUAGUAUCCAACAGAAAUUUCCUACCAACCUGCUGUAUCCAAAGUUUUGUAAAAAGUUGUAGAAGUUGUUGAUCUUUUUGAUUUUAUAUUCAAAAAGUCUCUUUUUAUAAAUAUUAUUUAUUAUACAAUGUAUAUACCUUUGAGUUAACUAAGAUUAUAUAUUAUAUAAAUAUAUAUAUAUUUGGAGAAAAUAUAUUUCAUCAUGCAGUUUUUUUCUGUUAAGUCAUUAAAGAGAAG